CCCUCGUCAACAAGACUCUCUGCUCGGCGCUCGCUUCCUCAUCUUCCUCACCAAGUAUACACUUGUCACUCAUGAAGUCCUGAAGCAAGCGAGGAGAAGAACGAACAAGCGUCAGCAUCCAGGCAGAGCCGCAAGUUGUUCAACAUCCAGAUUACAAGUUUGCACGUCGCGGGACAGACCGACAGAGUACGUGUGUACAUGCCAUAUAUGGCCAGUCUCGUGCGGCCACUAGCCGGCGGCGGCUUCAUGCUGCCGGCGGCAUCGCCAUCACGCAGGCGCCGGAGCGGGCUGUGCAGCCAGACGCGCCGGUGCGGCAUCGUCAGUACUACUAACACCAGCACCUUCGACCGGCGGCAGUCGGUGAGCAUCGACCAGGAUCGCGUCGUGAUCAACACGGGAGAUGAUGGCGCACCGGUGUCCGCGGCGAAGCUCCGCGCGAUCGCGGAAGCAGCGGCGGACCGGGUCGAGAUGCACGACAUCAUCGGCAGGCAGAGGGACAACUGGAACCACCUGCUGCUCCACUCCACCAACUCCCUCACACUCGCCGCCUCCCUCAUGGCCGCGCUCGCACCCGCCUCGACGAGCGUAGUCGCGCUCAAGGUCUCCGCGGGCGUCCUCCUUGCCACCGCCGCCGUGGUCAUGGCCGCCGUCAACAAGAUCCAGCCCUCGCAGCUCGCCGAAGAGCAGCGCAACGCCACGAGGCUCUGGAGGGAGCUAGAGCGCGACCUCAGCGCCACGCUCGCCGCGUCGCCGGCGGCGUCGAGGAACUGUGACGUGCACGCGGCCAUGGAGCGUCUACUUGCGCUCGACGCUGCUUACCCACUGCCACUGCUCCCCAUUGUGCUCGAGAAGUUCCCCAAAGACGUCGAGCCCGCGAGGUGGUGGACGAGGAAGAAGUCGGAGGGUCGUCACAGCCCGUGCACAAAGCCGUGCUGCAAUGGCAGACACGGCGCCCGGCAAGCUUCUAUGGCAGGCGACAACGGCUGGAGCCGAGAGCUGGAAGACGAGAUGAGAGGCAUCGUACGUGUGCUCAGGGCCAAGGACGAGCAGGAGUACUUGUCAUUUGGAAAGCUGGCGCUGACGCUUAACAGGGGCCUCGCGGUCGCCGGCCCGGCGCUGGCCGGCACGGCUGCGAUCGCCGCCGCGUUCAUAGGGUCCAGUGAUACCGGGGCGUCAUGGGCGUCCGACGUGACCAUCUUAGGCGCCGCGCUGGCCGCGGCGGUGAACACGGUGGAGCACGGCGGGCAGGUUGGCAUGAUGUUCGAGCUGUGCCGCAACGUCGCGGGGUUCUACCGGAAGAUCCAAGACGACAUCGAGGACGUCCUGGGCGAAGCCGAUGUCGAGAGGAGAGAGAACGGAGAGGUUUUCGAGACCAAAGUGGCGUUGCGGCUUGGCCGGAGCCCGUCUGACCUUAGACAGUUCAGGGAGAUGGCGUCGCCGUCAUUCCGGGACGAAGACAUUAAGAAUUUUGCCGGGAAACUUUUCUAGGUGGCUUAAUAAUAACAGAAAAUAGUAGUGUUGACUGUUGACUUUGUGUUCAUGCAAAAGUAGAAUAUUUCGUUCUUUAGUAUAUCUUGGGCUG